CGCCCAUAUAGCUAGCGUACAGCUCUGGCCAACAAGCAAAGCAUAGCUCAAAGCAAGCUCAUCGAUUGUCAUCAUGGCUUCCCUCCAGUCCACCAUCUUCCUCGGCGCCGCCUUCCUCCUCGCCGCAGCUGUCUACUUCCGCAGCCUCGACACGGCCGGUAGCCGCAGCGCCACCACACACCUCCACUUCUUCAUGCACGACGACUACACCGGGCCGCACCCCACCGCCAUGCGGAUCGUGUCCGGCAGGUCCCUCUUGUUACCCACGGCGUCCAGCAACGACGGCGGCGCCGCCAACAACGACAGCGCCACGGCUGGGAGCACCCUGUCGUUGCUGUCAUCGCCGCGGCAGUUCGGCGACGUCGUGGUGCUCAACAACGCGCUGACGGAAGGCCCCCGUGGUGACAGCGCGCGCGUCGGCACGGCGCAGGGUUUCGCCGUGCGCGUGUCGGAGGGCGGCAUCGUGUCGCACCUGACCAUGCACAUGGUCCUCGAGGCCAGCGAGCACCGCGGCAGCUCCGUGACAGCGAACGGCCGCAUCGACAUGGAUGCCAAGGUGCGUGAGUCGGUGAUCAUCGGCGGCACCGGAAAGUUCCGGUACGCGCGGGGGUACAUGCUCACCAGGAACUACGACUACGACCUUGCCCGUGGAGGCGUUGUCGAGAUCGAUGUCUACGUGCGGCACUAGCUUUUUGAGUUCAUUGGUUCAUGUGUGUGUCGAUCGGGUCGUCGUUCACAUUAUUGCUGUGUCGUUGCAUGUAGAACUUGCUAUCCACGGGUGUGCUUUUUAAUGUUUCUUUGGUAUACGUGCCACCUUGUUCAUCUAUAACUGUUGAAUAAUUACGUCAAAUCUACUUUGUACGUGUGCUGGCAUGUGUAGUCGUCCUUUCCAAAUCAAUAAUAUUGUAUUAGAUAUGUCUGGUAAA